AUGGAUCUCCUCCACCUGACUCUAGUCUUCAUUAUCUGUGCUGUGACUAGCUGCUCCCGUGAUGAAAGUUGUUGCCCAAAAGGAGCUCAGAUCGAUCGAGACCGAUUGCACUGUUACUGGAUGUCAGCAUCUGCACUGAGCUGGCAAGCAGCAAGGAUGGAAUGUCAGAAAACAGACAGAGGAGAUCUCGCCGUGGUGGACCAACCCGGCGUUCAGAAGUUUAUAGAAGAUUCAUUUCUGCUAGAAACCCCUGAAUUGGUUUGGCUAAGAAAUGGACUCUUACGUCCUUUGGGUGACCCGACUCAUGGUGUGGAAGAGCGAGGAACUUGUUCUCAGAUGUCUCUUGGUACGGGAUACUGGACAAGCAGCCCAUGUGACCAAAAGCACCGCUUUAUCUGUGGGAAAGAGAUACCAGCGUCUUUGCCGUUGGACAGCUAUGUCAUUGGAGUGGCGUUAAUGUCGGGCGUAUACACACACUCCCAGUUGCACCCACUGCCUUCACCACCAGACUUAGACCAACAGAGAGCUGAGAUGAUGCUGUUCCCAGGAAUAUGGGUGAGUCAUGGAGGCCAGGUGCUUUCUGUAGAACUGGUGGUUCAGCCCAGUCAGCAGCUCACCGCAGCUAAAGUUCAGAUUUUACGACCGUACUGCAGCCCGAGCCAUCACUUAGUGCCCCCAGGCUGCCGCUCUAUCCUCAACCCGUUCACCUGCUGCUCGGUGAAACCUCUGUGUAACACCACCGGGGGUUGUUCAAGUGGGCAGUACUGGUGCCAUCUGGUGGAAAGCUGCCUGCCAGUCACCAGCCCUUGCAGCCCUUAUCACUCAUCUGCUAAUGGACACGUCUUCACUCUGCCACCUCGCUACACUGCAUUGACUCCUUUCUACCACAUGGUGGCAGACAUAGCAUUGGAAAUACCUUCAGCUUCUGAGCCGGUCCACAUCGAUGUCAGGUUUAAAGGAAAAAAAAUCCCGGUGUUUCCUGAUGAUAUUCUUGCCAUUCAGCACAGUAGAAAAUCUGGAGAGUUCCUGCACUGCACCAGCGGCUCGGACUCUGUCUGGCGCCAAAGCUACAUCUCCAUUCCUGGACCUGAGUGGGGCGGCUGGGUGGACGUCGCAUUGUCCUCUCUGACAGAGGGAGGCCACUGGCUUGACAACAUGUCUUGCGACCUGCGUCUGAUCUAUCAAGACCCUGGACAUCUUAAUGGUGUUGGGAAAGUCACCCAGAACGAACCCAGUACAGAAGUGAGCAUGCCUGGCAACAUUCUGAUCCCCGCUCAGACCCCAGUGACCGGAAUGCACAUUCUCUAUCCUGUACUGGACAAAGAUAACCGAAUACAUUUAGCAGUAAAUGUCCAGACUCUCUUUAUUAUCAAGAUUCUUUCAGGAAGUAACGCGACAAGCUCAUGGUCUGGCCUCGUGUCCAGGACAGAGGUUCCAUUCCUAAAGUCCUGUCCAGAAGAGAUCCCUGAAAUGAUCAGAGUUUGUAAAAGGGAUUCGGCUGAUACAUGGUUCUCUUAUGCACCCAUCAUGGCUACUAGUCAAGGGGAACACACUCUGGAUGUUACAGCGUCAAACCAGCUGAACUCACAGAGGCUUAGUGUGAAGAUUCAAGCUCACGUUAUUAUCACAGGACUGAGAAUACAACCGCAAGGAUUUCAUAGAGUUCUAGUGAACAUACCUCAGAUGUUCACCACAGCAGUAGCCACUGGAUCAUCUGUGAAGUACACCUGGGUCAUUGAUGAUCUCAUCCAGUUUGCUCACACUGGAGAUGCGUACAGCAUCACUUUCAACAAACCUGCAGAGUACACGCUCAAAGUAAAUGCAGAGAAUCCUGUCAGCACUCAGUACAUGGAGGUCAAACUCACGGCCGAUGUGAUGACCCCAUUAGCCGACCUCGCAUUACUCUCCGAGACGGUGGCUGUUGCUGUAAACACCUCAAGCGUCUUCACCGUUCAAGUGAAACUGGAUGUUUCUAUCGGUGUCACAAUAAGGUGGGAUUUUGGUGACCAUUCGAGCUGCGUUGAUCAUACGUUCAUCGCUCCGUUAGAAAAAAACAAUGUACCUUUGGAUCAGACUGCGACACAGGUUUACCUGCAGGACGCUGCACAUCAUAUCUACACAACACCUGGUGACUACACACUGAGGAUACAAGCCCAAAAUAAAUACGAUUUUAUCCAAACUGCUGUGCUACAUAAAGUAAGAUCUCCGCUGACCAAACUGCUAGUCAUAUCAAAGCCUGCUUCCCCUAAAAUCAACCAAACUAUUCUUUUUGAAGCCUCAUCACAGCCGUCUUCACAUGGAAUAGUGUACACGUGGAAUUUUGGAGAUGGCUUUCCAGAGGUUGAAGGACCUCACAAGACAAUCAGGCACGCUUUCAAGAAAGCCGGUGUCUUCAAUGUUUCUGUGAUUUCCGACAACACCCUUUCAAAGCUGAAUUCCUGGAUGGUAGUAGAAGUUUUUGAAAUGAUCUCCGGUGUCCACCUGGGGUCUAAUAGCCCAAGUGAACUUAAUUCAAUCAUUAAAAUCAGUGGAGGUGUAUCUACAGGUACCAGUCUCAGGUGGACCUUCGAUCUUGGUGAUGGGACUGUGUUUAAAGACCUUAAGAAAAACUCGAUCUCUUACGUUUAUAGGUCUGUAGGAAACUAUACCGUCCAAGCUAUGGUUUGGAAUGAGGUGAGUAGCGAGAGAGAGGCUAUUGAUGUAGAAAUUUAUCAACUUGCUGUUUUGGGAAUCCUGCCCCUGGAGUGCGUCGUGAGUGGAAAGGAAGUGACUCUUCAAGCGCUUGUGAGAGGGAAUGUUUCUCAUCUAGCCUUUUAUUGGCGUUUCGGAGAUAGUAAAGACGUGUCCGUGAAGAACGGAAUCGCAACUGUUGCUCAUACGUUCUCAGGUACUGGGAAUUACCUCAUUGGCGUGACCAUUCAGAGCCAAGCAGGAUCUGCAGACUAUCAGUCGAAUCUAUGUGUUGAGAACUCGAUUACAGAUUUGAACCUUCACUCUUCUUUAAAUGUUGCAGCAUUGGGCAAAGAGAUAUGUUUUGAUGUGUCAGUGCUUCCAGCCGGUGGGGAAAACUACCAAUUUCACUGGUAUAACAGCUCUUUCUGCGAUUGUCCUGUCAACGGGACGUCACAUCACUGCUUCAUUUUUUUUCAAGAAGGCAAGCAUGAGAUUACGGUAAUGGCACAGAACCAGGUCAGCAAGAAAACUGCCUCGACAACCAUUUUAGUCCAAAGACCUUUAUCUGUACGACACAAUGGGGAAUUAGACGUGUUAACCGUGAAUCAGACGUAUUACUUUUGGACUGAGCCUAGCAAGAAUAAUGCUGCUAUCGAAUGGGACUUUGGUGAUGGUUCGUUGAAGAGCAGAGGCCAAAAUGUGUCACACAAUUUCACAUCAGCUGGUCAGUAUCACAUCAGUGCUUCAGUUCUCAAUGCAGUUAGCAAAGAGAUCAUAAAGGUCGAUGUACAAGUCCAGGUUCCUAUAUCUAAUAUAAGAAUUCAUACCAACCGGCCAUUUGCUGAAGCAGGACAAGAAGCAGUUUUCACAAUUUCAAGCGAUGUCAUGGAGAAUGUUAAAUUCUACUGGAUGAUAGACUCCAUGACUUUUUCAGAACUUGGAACAUCAGAGUACAGAUAUGUCUUUCCUAAAGCAGGCAUCUUUCAAAUCCGUGUCACAGCACAGAAUCCAGUCAGUAAAGUCGAAACCUCAUUAACAAUCGAGGUGGUAGAGAGAAUACAAGGUGUCCGAAUUAUGAGCCUGAAAUCUGCAAGCUAUAUCCCAACAAACGAGACUGUUACUCUGGUUGCUUCUGUAAGCCGUGGUACUAGCUUGACAUAUCAGUGGUUAGCUAAUCAAGCUGAAGUUAAUGACCUAGUCGGUGUUGGGGAACAUUUUCAGUUCUAUACAAUCCACCCGGGUAAUGUGUCUGUCAGGCUUAUAGUUGCUAAUGUUCUUGGUAAAGUGCAUAGCGAUUUUUCUCUGAGGGCAGUUGAGCGUGUAUCUGAGGUAAAUAUCCCAUUAUCGAAUGUGGUAGCAAAAGGAAAACCCGUUAGCAUAGCAGUGGAGAUUAAAACCGGGACGGAUCUUCAGUAUACUUGGUUUUUGGACACAAAUUUAUCAUCUGUGACAACAGACGUACCUUUUGUCCUUCAUGUUUUUAAUACUGUUGGGGUUUUUAAGCUAAGAGUGUCAGUAGGAAAUGUUUUGGGCUCAGUCAAUGCCACUAAACAACUCAUGAUACAGGAACCCGUUUCAGAGAUCGAUUUUGACAUAAAUGGACAAUCACAUCCCUACUUUGUUUCAUCAAACAGUCCCUUGACGUUCCAUGGAUCCGCUCGAAAAGGAAGCGAUGUACACUGGGAGUGGACGGCCAGGUCUGUGGAAGGAAGUGCAGUUGUUUUAGAUAAAAAUCAAAUAAUUAGCUAUUUGUUUAUGGAUGCAGGAGAUCACAGAGUAACCCUAAACGUCUCAAAUGAGAUUAGCUGGCAGUCUGUGUCGCAUGUUGUAACGGUGCAAGAUGCCAUUCGAGGUUUCAGUCUAAGAGCCAGUGAUGUCAUCGUCUGUGAGAAUGACCCAGUCACUUUUACACCAUCUAUCACUCAGGGAAGCGGAGUUUCAUUCCUUCUGGAAUUUCCAGAAGGCAAUACGUCUCUGGAAGAUCAAGAGGAUUUUACUACCUCAUCUAUUCCUCUUGGCAAUCACACCAUUAAAGCAAUUGCUAAGAAUCUUGUUAGCAUUUUAUCAGUAAACAUCACCAUAAGGGUGGUACAAGGACUUAAAGGUCUUCACUUGGUUGAUUGCUGCUCUUCUGUUUUGGAAGCCUCAAAACCUGUCCAUUUCAAAGCAUCCGUAAAUUCAGGAUCUAAGGUCAUUUACAGAUGGAAUUUCCACUUAGAUGGCUUGAGAACCUCACAACAGACUGGUCAAAGUGUCCUGUAUUCUCCAUUUAGCAACGGAACUCUGACUGUGAUGGUAGAAGCGAAGACUGACUUCUGUUCCCAGUCCAUCACAGAGACAGCACUAGUUCAGCAGCCGGUGAAAAACGUGACACUUUCCAUCUUAUCUGAGGGACCUUUUGUGAAUCACAGCGUCACUUUUUUCGCCCUCGUCGAUGGUGGCAGUGACCUCGCGAUCAAGUGGAGCUUUGGUGACGAGAUCCGACUUACAAAAUCUAACAAGGAAGUCUACAAAUAUAAGGUUGAUGGCAAAUUUAUGGUCCAGGUAACUGUUUUCAAUAACAUCAGCCAAGUUUCUGCACAUUUUCCGGUUCUGGUAAGGAAACUGAAAUGCAUCCAGCCACGCGUCGCCCUCGUCCAAGAACAGGCAAGAAUCCUGAAAUCUCAGCCAAAUUAUUUCGAAGCAAGCGUGGAUCUAAACGGUUGCACUUCUUACAAGACAAACUACCUCUGGGAGAUCUUUAGAGACCCAGAUUGCACUGAAAGGAAAGUCUUUUUACAUGCAUCGGUAGAUGUUACCAAACCGCUUCUGGCUAUUUCAAAGAACACACUAGAAGUUGGAGACUACUGCGUGAAGUUUUCUACUUGGUUUGAAGGAACGCCAUUACGGCAUCACAAGACUGGCGGGUUUUCUGUAGGGAACAGUCCAUUGGUUCCUCUGAUUAAAGGUGGCUCAAUUAAAGUUUGGUCAAACCAGAAAGACCUUGUGCUGGAUGGAAGUGAGUCAUUUGAUCCUGACGCUACGAUUCCAGAGGUUGAUCUGUUGGAAUUUCAAUGGAAUAUUAUUAUGGAGCAGAACACCAGUUCAACUCAAUAUCCAGCAUCCUUUAUCAACAAUUAUUCCAUACACUGUAACGAAAGUAAGCUUAUUCUGCCCAGACAUCUACUAGAGCCAGAGAGAGUAUACAAGUUCACACUGACAAUUCACAAGCAUGCGAGAUUACCUGUCUCUACUGUCCAGCAUGUUCAAGUGCUUGACACAGAAGUGCUACCCGUCACCGUGAAGUGUGUAUCCUGCAGAUUGGUGUUUUCUUCUGCUGUCAGUUACAGCCAUCCUGUCGCUUUAGCCGGAGCUUGUUCUCUGUGCAAUGGCACUCUUCAGUAUAAAUGGACUGCUAAAACCACAAAGGGAGAAACUUUACUUCUAAAUGAAGUCACAACUUCGACAGGACAUGGAUCUUCAGAUCUUGUCAUCAGACCCAAUGUGCUAAAACCUGGAUUUGAGUAUAUAUUCAGCCUUAAUGUAUCUCAACCAGCUACAGGAUUGUGGGGAUCAGCGAGCUUUGCUUUAACCCAAAAUCGCCCACCUGAGGGGGGCAUGUGCACAUUGUCUCCAGAGGAUUCAGUUCAACUUCUGCAAAAUGUAGUUUCGUUUAACUGCUCAGGCUGGGUGGAUGAAGACAAUAUCUCCGCUCAGAUGAUCUACGCUCUUCAGAUAGCACAAUGCCAAAGCACAGAAACAGAGUGUCCUUUGAUAACCCUAUACCGAGGCAUACGGAGUGCAUUUGGUACUCUGGUACCCAUGGGCAGUACAAGACCAGGCCACAAUGCCUCCAUUCUCACUGUAAUGGUGACUGUCGAGGACAACAUGGGAGCCAAAAUCACUGCUGUAAAAAGGAAUCUGGUAGUCAUGGUACCGGUCAGGGACCAAGACAUGAUGGAAUGGUUGAAGAACAAGAGUCAGGAGGAACUGUGGGAUUUGGUGAAACAAGGGAACCCUCAGGAUGUUAUAUCAUAUGCCAUGGCGAUGAGCAGCCAGCUCAAUCAGAUACAAGCAACCAGCAUGCAGGAGUUAAAAGACAAAGUCCAGAUGCGAGGCAAUGUGACCCAGGCCUUGGCUUCUCUCUCGGUGUCCUCGCUCCAGGAUGCAUCACAGAUCAGCUCGGCUUUGGCUCAUUCCACUGCCGUUACGUCUGAGAUGCAGUGUGGAGACUGUAACUCGCAAGUUGUGGAGGCCGUGGGGAAGAUGAUCGGUGUAAUCAGAGAGCAAACCAGACAAGGAGAUCUCACUCCUAUAGACACUGGAAGGAAUAUUCUCAAUGUUUUAAGUACCUCGAUGACUGUAAAGAAUCCGGUAGAUGCUUUAGGAUCGCUCUUGCAUGGCCCCAAACACCACGACACUGCAGUAUCGGCCUUAUACCAGGUUGGACAGCUGAUGCGUAGCCUAAUGUGGUCACGGAUGCCUGGCGAGGAAGCUCUUCUCCUCCAAAGUCCACGAAUCAAUGCAACAGGCAAACGCGGAGACCCCGCUUCAGACCUCCUGUGUACAGACCCAUCCAGUUCAUGCCAGUUUUACAUCCCUUCGAAUCUGAGCUCACGACUGAGGGCCGAAAACCAGGAGGUGGUUCAGAUCGUUCUGGUUCUGGAGAGCGAGGAGAUCCCAUUCGUGUCCCCUGCAGAGCCACCGAUUUCUACUAAACUAACCGCAAUGGAGUUCCUCACACCGCAUGGUUCGCCAAUCCCUGUCUCGAACCUGACAGAAGAAAGUGCUAUACGUGUAACUCUACAUAACAAGAAGAUGGAGGUUUCGGGAAGGGUAAAUGUCACCCUGCGAUCGGAAGGAAGCGUGAACUUUAUGGUCAGAGCUGUUGAGACAGAGCCGAACGCUGGGCUCUUUAUCACCUUCAACUUCAGCUUGAGUGAAGGAAGCAGUAUGCCAGGCUCUGGAAAAGUCACCAUAAUUAUAUCAGAUGAGCAAACCGUCCACCAGUCCCAACACACUCAUGUUAAAGAGCUCAUUCUCGCCUCCUUCACUACUUCAGUGGAGGAAACGAUCUUCCUCGAACCAGUCUUAAACGGCUCCGCUAAGGACCUGUACGUGACUUUAAGGAGCAGCACAGGCGUGGACUUGUGUGUCUCGGUGUGUGUGUUCAGCUCUCUCUGCCAGUUCUUCGACAUGGAACGGAGACGCUGGAGCACAGGUGGACUGAGCGUGCUCAGUACGAGCAGCCCGGAUACUGCUCACUGCCUCACUGAGCAUCUCACACUUUUCGGAGCGAGUCUGUUUAUUCACCCGGACGCCAUUGUUUUUCUCGCACCAUCAGAUGUACCGAGAAGAAACAUGGUAGUAGGGAUAGUAUGUGGUAUUCUCCUCCUGAUUCAUCUACUGGUUGGUCUCAUUGCCCACAAACUAGACCAUCUGGAGAGCCUUCGUCUGAGCUGUGUCCCACUUUGUGGCCAAACGGGACGCUACCGUUAUCGGGUGCUGGUCAAAACUGGCUGGUACAGAGGGGCCGGAACCUCUGCUCAUGUAGGCAUUAGUCUGUAUGGUCUUAACAAAAGCGGUUCACGCCACCUACAAAGAGAAGGAGCCUUUCAAAGGAACGGUCUAGACGACUUUCAGGUAGAAACCGAUGUCAAUUUAGGCGAAAUCUGGAAAAUAUGCAUCUGGCAUGACAACACAGGUCUGGAGCCCCCGUGGUAUCUUCAGCAUGUGACAGUUUGGGACAUGCAGACGGAUAACAUGUUCUUCUUCCUGGUGGAUGACUGGCUGUCUGUGGAGAAUGAAAGGAACUCUGGUUUGGUUCAGAAAGUCGUGCUGGCUACGUGCCCCCCGGAGCUGCAGCAGUUCAGAAGGAUUUGGCGUGCCCAGCUUCUGUUCGGCCUGCAGGAUCAUCACCUCUGGCUGUCUCUUUGGGAACGUCCAGCUCACAGCACUUUUAGCCGAGCCCAGAGAGUGACCUGCUGCGCUCUAGUGCUACACCUUUACCUGGCAGCAGGGGCGGUGUGGUAUGGCUUAGCAACCUCAAGCAGCAGAGGUCCAGUGUCUGACCAGAUGCCAAUGACCCCAGAGAUCAUCCUGGUUGGAAUGACUAUUGCUGUUGUGAUGUUUCCUCUCCAAUCUCUCCUCACCUUCCUGUUCAGGAAGACCAAGAGCAAGGUCGCCAUGGAGCUCUGCCUUCCUCCUUCCCCCAUGUCUGAUAUCGUAGAGAUGGAUGUGUACCUCAGCCACCCAGUUAUCUCUUGUGCUUCCUUUAUGUCCAUGCCUACAGCCCAGGAGUCUUCAACACACACAGAAUCUUCCUUUGAGUCCUUGGAGAGCCCGAAACUGGAGUCGGAAUUUUGGACCAGAUCACACUUUGGGAGUGAAAGUCCUUGCUCUAGCGGAGUUGAGCAGUGGACAUCCAGCGACAGUAUUUUUGGUCUUGCUGAGUUGAUGGGACCCACACGGCUGCUGAAGAGAAAAAGAGCUCUUCUUCAGUUGCGACUGAAUUCUCCAGAUCGUUCAACCCCCGAACAGAGCAGUUCUUCAUAUCUGAAGAAAGAGCAGUCGACGUUCUUUGGUGAAUUGCCGCCUGCUUCUGCAGAUCCUUUCCUAUCCAGUGCUUCUUCAUCAGGGCCAAGUGGAUCCGAUAGCGGCCGAUAUUCACCCAAUGAAACUGCUUUAUCUGAUACACUGGAGAGUUCCUCUAGUGAGUGGAUGGACUUGAGCGUGGAGAAGUUGGAUUGCGAUGAAGGUCUUUAUAAAACCCACUGCUCCAUGUCCAUGUGUAGUGUGGCCAGUACUUUUCUCCCCAGUCUUCCCCCAGACUCCUUCAGCACCACCUCUAUCACACACAUAGGUGUGUCUCGCAGUGCACCAGGUCUGAUGCUUCCAUCUUGGGUGUUGGCUGUGACUUAUCUUCUUGUGGCUGUGCUCUUGGGAACAUGUCUGGUAUUGGUGGGCUUGUACGGGAGCACUUUCUCCAACUCGGUGCUCCUCAUGUGGCUCACAUCAGUUCUGUCAGCCUUCUUCACAUCACUUUUGAUCCUGGAGCCUCUUACGAUAUGUGUUCGGGCUAUGUAUCUUGCCGGUGUGGUAAAACCUGUAGACCCAGAGGUGGAGGAUCGGUUGGCUCAGGAGACCGUAGUGAUGAGGAUGGAGAAGGAUCAAGAUGUCGAUGUGCGUCCUCUUUGUGGUUACGGCUUGCUGCACGCUAAAGAAGAGGCUCGGAAAGUACGAAUUCUUAGGAAUCUCAUGAAGAACUGCCUGAUCUACUUGCUGUUCCUCUUAGUGGUUCUUCUGAUGAACUAUCAGGACAAUAUCCAGGAGACGAACAGCAGAUUGCUUCACUCUGCAGUCAAACGGUCGAUCAUCUCAGCUUUGCCAGGACAACCUAACCUCACAGCAUUAUCAGGGUGGACAGAAGUAUGGCAGUGGAUGGACAAAAUUUUAACAUCCCACCUCCACAAAAAUCCCUCCCUCUCCCUGAUUGGUCUUGCACGAAUACAAAGAGUGACAUCACCGAACUAUUGUGAAGAGGAUCCCGGAGACACACUGAAGCAUGUCCAGACAUUGAUGAGACAAAGACAUCAAAGCAACAGUACUACCUCCUUCUUCACCUGGCCAUGGUCCACAGCACAGUCAUGUGUCCUCACUGAGGCAGACGAAAUGUUGCUCGGAAACAGCAGUUUCUACACCACUCACAUCCUCUCAGACCUGAAACAAGCGCAGUGGAUCACCACAGAGACCCAGGCCAUGCUAGUUGAGUUCACUCAGUACCACAGGGGGACUGGGAUAUUCCUGCCUGUUUCCAUUCUGCUGGAGAAAACGCAGACUCAGCGGAUUCUCUCCACUGUCUCCAUCCAGCCUUUCCAUAUCCCAGGGUCCUUCUCUGGACUUGACUUAAGCAUCGGCAUUACGGCUCUACUGCUGAUAUUCUCUUUGUGUUUCCUGAGUGCUGAGGUUUGGAGGAUAUUCAGGGAGCGAGCUCAGUACCUCACCCAGGGCUGGCAUUUAUUCCAGCUCUUGGUGGCUUUACUGUCCUUCUCAGCAGCUUCACUGCGCUUUUGUUUCUUGUCCAUGGCUGCUGAGUGCCUUUCUGACCACGUCUCUCAGCCUGAGACCUUCACUGGAUUUCACAACAUCGCUGCUUUGGCUAAGAGUUCCUCGCAGCUCUCGGCUGUGUUACUGAUGUUUCUGGUUCCACAGAUGGCCGGUUCUCUGCAAUUCGUAAGAAGAUGGGUGAUUUUUGUCAGGGUUCUCCAUCAGGCAUGCUCUGAAAUCUGUGGCAUAACCCUCCUGUUUGUGCUUCUGCUGCUUCUCUUUUCCCACACAGGAUGCUUGCUUUUUUCGGCUUCAGUGGAAGGUUUUAGGACUGUAAGGCAAGCUAGUGAGUCCUUGUUGUGCUUGUUGAGAAAUCGAUUCGUUUUAAGGCAGCUAUCUGAGGAGCAUCCAGUGCUUGGGCCCAUAUUCUGUCUCGCUGUGUUUGGUCUGGGGUUCUGGCUCCUUGGGCGUCUAUGUGGAGCCGUAUUACUCCAGAGGUACAAGAAUAUCCAAGCAGAAAUGUACCGGCCAUCCAUGGAACCUCAGGAUUACGAGAUGGUCGAGUUUCUUAUCAAGAGGCUCAAGCUAUGGAUGGGGCUGAGCAAGAUAAAAGAGUUCAGGCACCGUGUAAAGUUUGAGGGCAUGGAGUCACCGCCUUCUAGAUCGUCCCAGUUCUCCAGUAUCUCCCCACCUGUAAGUCCUCCAAGGCCUCGUCUAGUGUCUGCGUCCUCUCAGGUCUCAGAGUCUUCCACUAUCUCAGAGAGCCAUGAGGUCCAGCAAUACCUUGAUCGCUUGCUGCCCUCUGUGGACAAUCUUCUUGCCAGUUUUGACCGUGUCAAUCAACUGACAAAUGACAUCUUGAACAUUGAGGAGCAGCUUCAGGAAAUCCUAAGCAGAAUUGUCCAAAAAAGAAGGAAGCACAAUCAGCCAAAACCACAGAUGUCUCCAGCCACAAAACUGGCCAGACCUAGCCAAACUUCCCUUCCAAUGUCACUGAAGGCUCUCCGGCCUUCCAAUGAUGGUAUCCCCCAAGCCCCCUCUAAUCGCCGUGCUACCCACUCUGAGUCAUCUCUGAUGGCACCUUCUGCUCACCUCACAAAUUAUCCACGAGUAGCAGGAACGCAGAAAUCUCAGACAGUAGACCAAGAAAUUAGAGGUUUCCCUAGACGGAGAGCUUGGCACUCAGGAUCUUGUCACUCUGCAGAUACUAUUCAAAGGUUUGCUAAGUCUCAAAGCCCUGGAGCCAUUCCUGUAAGACCUCACAGUGAAGAAAGUGAUUGGACAGCAGCAAGUGGGGGCAUGCCAAUUAAAAAGAAAGCCUGGCACACUGAUUCUUUUGAAAUAGAAAAGGGCUAGGUCUGUCUUGUGUGUGCUACUGGUACAUUUAGUAAAGUUAAUUGAUUAGGUUAUGAAGUUUUAUGUUCUUUAAAUGAAUGGCAUAUGCACUAGCUUGGAAUGUACAGUAAAUAGCAAGUCAACCUUUAAGCAGGGACGAUCUUUUUAGGGUGCCUUAGCUAACUUGUUCUGGUACUACAUACCUUGUUUUUACACCUCAAAAUGUUAAAGCACUUUGAUAAUUGUACCACAAACGUAUCUAAAUUAACUUAAAGGACUCUUCAUGAAAGUGCUACCCAGACUCUGGAGAAGCCCUGAGGGAGACCCAGGAAGCUGUGGACUGAAUUAUUAAAUGGACUUCAAUGUUCUUUUACUUCCAUACACAUUUCAUGAUUUUUAAUGGUUGUUCCCAUAAAAGAAAUUAACACACAGAUUCUUGAAUAAACAUUUAAAUCAAUGCUGGGAUGAUAUUUACACAGGGAACAUCUGGAUCCCAGUAGGCAGGAGCUGAUGCAGAAUCAUUGGCCUGUAGAAUUUUUCAUGUCUGUCUUAAUUUAUAUCUUGGUGCAUUUUAAACAAUAAAUAUAUAAAAAUCUG